GACUAGGCAGCAGGAAACUUGGGAUUCUUGGAAACUUUUGCUGCUAACAUGUGGUAGAUAGCAACACUCUCACGCCACUACAUAGCUUAUCGACCGUUGACUAGUGUAUUCAUUUCUCUCCUACUGCUUCGCUUCCAUCUCUUCCACUACGGUCGAUUCUCAGGUGAGUGAAAACCUGUUUCUUCUCUAUCAUUUUCCUGUUUUUUAUGUUCUUGAAUUGGAUUAUAUCAUUUUUUCUGAAGUUGUAUAGUGAUCAGUACUGGUAUUCUUAAUCUUGCCCUCGUUCGGUUGCCCAGAAAACCGAAGAAAAUUAGGUAGAAAGUGAAAUCCACAAUUUUCUGGGUUGAUCUUUGCUGUUUUCUCAUUUAUUUUUAAGAGGAAAAUUUUGUGAAAUUAAUCGUAUGAUGGGGUGUUUACUUUUUAGUGCAAGAGUGCAUUCUUUUCAGUUUCACCUGUAUGAAUAUAAACGUAUACAAUUGUAGACAGAGAAAAUAAGAGAGAGAGAAGCAUGUGUGAAUCGAUAUCUUGGCCGUGGAGGUCGAAGGGGUCCAUUGGCUGAUGGCUUAGGCCAUUGUGGGAAGAUACCGUCUCCAACUUAGUAGUGGAACUUUGACAUGGACUCCUUAUUUAGAGUGCUCCUGGUUGGUGUCCUCCUCCUAUGCCUUUUGUCUCCUCCGGUGUUUUGUGCAUCUGAUGAUGGACUGUUGAGAGUUGGACUGAAAAAGAGAAAAUUGGAUGACAUCACUAGACUUAGAGGACAUUUAGCAACCAAGGAAGGGGAGUCAUUGGGAGCUUCCACAAGAAAUUAUCAUCUUCGCGGCAAUGUAGGUGAUUCAAACACUGAUAUUGUCACACUAAAGAACUAUAUGGAUGCUCAGUAUUACGGAGAGAUUGGUAUUGGCACUCCCCCGCAAAAAUUCACUGUGGUUUUUGACACUGGAAGUUCCAAUCUUUGGGUGCCCUCUGCAAAAUGUUAUUUCUCGGUUGCUUGCUAUUUGCAUUCCUACUACAAGUCAAGCCAUUCGAGUACUUACAAGAAGAAUGGUGUGGUUCCACUUGCUGGCAAAUCUGCUGCAAUUCAAUAUGGAAGCGGAUCUAUUUCAGGUUUCUUCAGCCAAGACUCCAUCAAAGUUGGUGAUCUUGUUGUUAACAAUCAGGAUUUUAUCGAGGCAACGAAAGAGCCAAGCAUCACAUUCGUGGCAGCAAAAUUUGAUGGCAUACUUGGGCUUGGAUUUCAGGAGAUCUCUGUGGGAAAUGUUGUUCCUCUCUGGGACAAUAUGGUCAAUCAAGGUCUUGUUAAAAAACCAGUUUUUUCCUUUUGGUUUAAUCGCAAUGCUGACGAGGAAGAAGGGGGUGAAAUUGUCUUUGGUGGGGUUGAUUAUAGUCAUUUCAAGGGUGAGCACAACUAUGUUCCUGUGACCGAGAAAGGCUAUUGGCAGUUUGACAUGGGUGAUGUCCUAGUUGAUGGUGAAACAACUGGUAAGUUUAUGGAGCCCCUGUUUGUCCUUGCUAGAAGACAUUGA